AUGGCUGAAGCACUUCCAUCACCUUCAUCGACGAAUCUAAGAAGACCUAAUCCAUCUCAUUCAGCUCUUUCAGAAUUAUCCAAACCAUUUAUACUAGAUUCAAGUUCGAGGUCAUACAAACAUCAAUAUGCCAAUAUAUACUUUGUGCGGUUGGUGGAACUUAGACCUGUGGUAGAAGAGAGAGCACAGGAGAGAUGGAAGAGUGUCAGGAGCAAACCACCACUUUUACCUCGUAUCCUUAAUUUGACUCGAUCACAACUAUGUUAUAUCGUCGGAACUGUGUAUCUCGAUAUGCCUCUAAAGCCAAACGUUCUGGAGGAUAUGGCUAGAGAUCAUUGGUUAGCUCCCCCUGCGCCUCGAGCGAAGUUCUUUUCGGCGCAAGAUGCCGUACAUCUCGAAGACGAAUCAGGGCGAGUGAGAUUAGUGGGCGAAAGAAUACGUAGAGAAAGAGAUAGACAAGGCGGUGGACUGGUAACCGGCGUGAUUAUGGCUGUUCUAGGAAUGGAAACAUCUUCAGGAGAUUUCGAAGUCAUAGAUUUGUGUUUCGCAGGUCUACCAGAUAAGCUGGAAAUAGAAGCGGGACCUUCAAAGGACAAUGGCAAGGGGAAACAAAAAGCGAAAGCUGAUAAUGAUGAGGAAAUGACGAAGAAUGGAACGAACGGCACUGGAGUAGAAGAGAAAACAUGGGUUGCUCUCGUUUCAGGAUUAUCGGUAGGAGCUCAAGAAGCACCGGCAGAUCUGAAAUGUGAACUACUAGUAGAGUGGCUGACGGGAGAAGGAGGUGGAGUGCUGGAUCAACUGGAUGGUGGCCGCGUAGCUCGGUUAAUCUUAGUGGGAAAUAGUUUGACAACGCCAGUGCGAGGAGAAGAUGAUAAGAAAGUAAAACGUUUCAACACCCUCAAUAGACCUAUAUUCCCCAACCAUCCCACUAAAACUCUGUCAGCACUGAUAUCAGACCUACUUGCCUCAUCACUGCCCAUCAACAUAAUACCAGGGCCUUCGGAUCCAGCAGGCGCAACACUGCCUCAACAAGCACUACCGAAAGUAAUGUUUGGACCAAAGGAAAAGACCAUCGGGCUCGACUGUGCCACAAAUCCAAGCUGGUUAGAAAUUGGUGGAAGAAGCUUCUUAAAUACGGGAGGACAAACAUUAGAUGAUAUAUUCAAAUACCUCCCAACAGAUUCUAGAUUGGCGAUGGCGAAAAGGACCUUGGAAUGGAGACACAUAGCCCCUACUGCUCCAGAUACGUUAUGGAUUUACCCUUUCCCAGAUGCGGAUCCUUUCAUCAUAAAACAUCGGCCGGAUUUCUAUGUGAUAGGGAAUCAACCUGAAUUUGAGACUGCUUUAGCUGGUGAUCCCGAUUCUCCAACACGUAUAAUUCUCCUCCCUUCGUUCGCUCAAACAGGUGUACUGGCUUUGAUAUGCCUAGAAACGCUGGAAUGCAAGACCAUCAACUUCGAAGUUCCAGCUUGGAUAGGAGACGAAGUGAAUGGAGAAGAAGAAGAUAUCAAGAUGGAAUCAUAG